UCUUCCGAUGUUGCAUUAGAAAAAAAAUUAUCGUGUGAAAAUGCCUUUGAGGGUAAAUUUUGCCAAAGAAAAACUAAGAUGUUACAAAAAACUGCCUAAGAGUAUAUUGAAACAACAGGGUGCUGAAAUUAGAGUACCAGAGAGGCCAACAAAGCCGAUUUAUGCGGGAACAGUCAUGAAAAGAAGUGUAGGGGCUCCCGAAACUUUGAAAGUGCGGGUUUUAAGGAUGAGGCUCGAUAAUUACAUAACAAAAUAUUAUUACACUAGAUAUGAUUAUUGGGUGCUUGAAAAGGAUUUAAAGGCCAAAAUAGGAGAUCUUGUUCUCAUUCGUCUAAUGAAUGAACCAUAUACACCACGUGUGAAGUUUGAAAUUUACAAGUACUUGCACCAGCUUGGUGAAAUGAUCUGCCCUGUAACUGGACGUGGAGUUAGAGGAUUAGAGUAUGUUGACCCAACACGAACUGACCACAUUGGAAAUUUUCCAGAAAAGUGGCAAGACAAUGUAAUGCACAAUACAAUGAUUCAACAGAUGCGGUUGUUGGAGCUUGGGCGAGAGUUAGAAGAUAAGAAAAGUCAGGAAAGGACUUUUGAAGAGGGUGACAAUUUUGAUGGAGAAACAGAAUUAUAGUACCUACUGCCUUGUAAAUAAAAAAAUAAUAAUUAAAAAAAAAACAAAAAACAUGCUGUGUGUUUAUCAUUUACUAAAAAUUGAAACAGUACAUAGAAUUUGAUUUACCUAAGUUCACCAAAAUUAUUGGCUUUGAGCAAGCAGAUGCUAAAAUUUACCAUUUAUUUUAUAAGAAACAUGCUAUAUGGUAGCCUGUUAUGUAAUGAUCCAUAUAUUUACAUUAUAAAUGCUUCCAUUUUUAUUUUUUUACCAUUUGUUACAUAAAAAGUGGACUAGUACAACCUUUUGAUUAUGCACUUCAAUUAUUUCUGACGUUAACUUUGAUUGUAAGAAUUGUUAUACCCCUACAAAUGUGUAUAAGAUAUGAGAAAUCUCCAUAUCUGUGCAUCCCACUUUGUUUCAAGUCUAUAACUUUUUAAAGGAGAGACAUUAGAAGCUUAUACUUGACAGAAAGCCUCUUUCUAAUCAACCCCGACUCGAGGACAUUUGGACAAGUGUGAAAUUCUUUUUAAGCCACAAAUCUGUAAUGUAGAUUGUAUAUGCUCAUACUUGACAUGAAGGUUUCUUCUGACCUAACAGUGUCACAGGUACUCGAGGACAGAACCCACCCAACCCCCACAUAGACCCCUGGGGAGAAGGGUCCUGUCCUCAAGUACACGUGAUUAGUGUGUCCAGCUGUUGAGAAAAGAUUCACAAGAAUCUCAUGUGUAAAAUUAUUGUCUGUGCCAAAUUUUUUUAAAAUCAGGUUGCUUAUGACUGAUGACUUGACCAUUUUGAAAAGCACAAAUUGAAAAAUCAUGUAUAUGUUGUAAAUAUUGUAGAAAUUCGUGUUUGAAAUCGAGAAAGUUUUUACUUUAUAAUCAGAUGAAGUGUCAAAUCCUUCAACCAAUUACACAUGCAUGGUGUUCUAUAAAGCCUGAUAAUGUGGCAAGGCAAAUUUCAUGAAAAAUAUUUCGCAGUUAUGUUAAGGCUGUCCGAAUGCUUAAUUAAUAUGCAUAAGAAACAUACUAUUUAAUUUUAAGCUAUGUUUUGAUUUCAAUUUGUAAUCUAUGUAUACAUGCACAGUUAAGUUGUAA